AUGGCGCACAAACGCGCAUUAGAAGCACUUGACAGAACAUUGAAAGAUCUUCGCAAUGGCUGGAGAUGUUUUGGAGGCGCAAUGAUUUUACUAUCUGGCGAUUUUCGCCAAACACUCCCAGUCAUUCCAAAAUCGACUGCUGCCGACGAAAUAAAUGCUUGCCUUAAAUCAUCAAAUCUUUGGCGCUAUGUGAAGAAACUUCAGCUGGUAACAAACAUGAGAGUUGCAUUGGUCAACGAUACAUCUGCUGAAGAGUUCUCCAAGCAAUUGCUGUUAAUCGGUAAUGGCCAUGUGGCUGUUGAAGAAUCGAGCGGAUUAAUUGCAUUUUCUUCAAAUUUUUGCAAUUUCGUCUCAUCAAAAGACGAACUUAUCAAUGAAGUAUUUCCGAACAUCAUUGAUAAUCAUAAAAACAAAAAAUGGUUGAGUGAGCGAGCAAUUUUGGCAGCUAAGAACAAAGAUGUGAACGACUUAAAUUUUGUAAUUCAAAAUCAAAUCGUUGGUAAUCUGCAUACAUUCAAAUCUAUUGACUGUGUAACAAACGAAGAAGAAGCUACCAACUAUCCAACUGAAUUUUUGAACUCCUUGGAUGUGCCUGGCUUACCACCGCACAAUUUACAAUUAAAGAUUAGUUCGGUAGUCAUUAUGCUUCGAAAUCUAAACCAACCAAAACUAUGCAAUGGAACGCGUUUAGUGAUAACAAAACUGAUAGCCAAUGUGAUUCACGCAAUGAUACUCAAAGGAAAAUUCAAAAGUGAUGAAGUUCUCAUUCCGAGGAUUCCAAUGAUCUUAAUCGAUAUGCCCUUUGAAUUUAAUCACAAGGCCAAUCCUUUAGUGUUUGUGGUCUGA